UGUUCAGAUACUGUUGUAAUAUAAUAUUUGAUUAAUAAUCAUGUUUCAAGUUGCUGUAUUGUGCGAGUCUCAUAUCUAAAUAGUAUUUAUUCCAUGCUAACGUUUAAAACUAAAGUUUAAUAACUUUUUAUAAAUUAUUCCAUAGUGUUCUAUCAGUAAUCGUUAUCUACUCUCGACUCUCCUUAUCUUUAUUCUGUUCCCUAAAUUUUUCAUAAAUAAUUAUUUAGUUCUAUGGAUUAGGUUUUCUGAAUAAAUAAAAAUUGUAUAUUAUAAUAAUAAUAUUAUAAUUUUCGGAGUUCACUGAUAAUGGGAGACAAUUACGAGAAUGAAGGAUAUGACAAUGAUUAUCAAACAAAGGCCAAAGGAAGUAUUUUAACUAGGAAAAAUAAUACUUUACCUGUUUGGGGCAAUGAACGUACUAUGAAUUUAAAUACCCUUAUACUAACCAACAUUCAAUCAUCUCAUUAUUUUAAAGUUAAUUUAUAUGAACUAAAAACUUACCAUGAAGUAAUUGACGAAAUUUAUUAUAAAGUACAACAUCUGGAGCCAUGGGAAAAGGGAAGUCGCAAAACUGCUGGACAAACUGGCAUGUGUGGUGGUGUUCGUGGCGUUGGGGCAGGUGGAAUAGUAUCUACAGCAUUUUGUCUUCUAUACAAACUGUACACUUUGAAAUUAACUCGCAAGCAGGUAACUGGGCUAAUUACCCAUUGCGAUUCACCUUAUAUACGCGGUUUGGGUUUUAUGUACAUCAGAUAUACUCAACCUCCUGGCGAUCUCUGGGAUUGGUAUGAAUCUUUUUUAGAUGAUGAAGAGGAGGUGGAUGUUAGAGCAGGAGGCGGACAAAUGAUGACAAUUGGAAAUGUAUUGAAAAGUUUUUUAGUUAAAUUAGAAUGGUUUUCAACAUUGUUUCCCCGAAUACCUGUGCCUAUUCAGCAACAAAUAGAAAAAAGAAUGAAUGAGAGAUAUCCUCAUGUUGCAGAAGAAGCACCUAGAAGGAAUGUACCUGAAAGAAGUUACAGCCGAGACAAGGAUUUCAGCCGAGACAAGGAUUUUAGUCGAGACAAGGAUGAUUAUAGAAGUAGAGAUUACUCUGAUAAAGCAAGGUCUCGGGAUAAGGUUGAUCGAAAUGACCGUAGAGAUAGAUCACAUAGAGACUAUCGUGACAGAGAUUAUGAACGGAAGUCUAGCUAUAAAAGUUCGAGAGAAAGGUCGCCUUAUGCUAGUCGGAGGGAUGACUAUAGAAGAAGCCAUUCUAGAAGUCCAAAAUAUGGAAGUAGUAGAAAAAGAGAACGAGAUGAUCAAAGAUCAAGAUCAAGGUAUUGAUGUCAUGCUAAAGAAUACAUAAGACCUUCUUUUUUCCACACUUCACAGGAAGUGUGAAAAUAAUAAUUUUAAGUUGUACAUAUAUCGCAAAUUACUUUUUUUUUUGUAAUAAACGACAUUAAUAAAUUUAUAUUUCAAUA